UCUCUCGCAAGCCAUGUACCAUGGUAGUAAUCGUAAGCGUGCCUUCAGCACACCGCACAUAACACCCGCCAUCUCCACAUUGCUCAAUAUGUCGAACAAUGAACGAGGUGUGUUUCUGCUCAAUAACAGUAACGGCAGUAAUUUUAAUAUCAACUACAAUAACAACAACAUAYCAGCCGAACAGCUUGUCUACUAUAUGAAAACGGCAUCACCACACGAUCUGGAGAAUAGCAGGGUGUCUGGACCUUGGAUACCCGGUCGCUCCGACACCAAUAUCUAUACGAAUCUAGCGCUUGGUCACAAUCGCUAUAAAUUCUUGCCAAACACACAAAAUUACGACGCCGCCGAAGAUGAGGAUACAGACGAAGAUGAAGCGAUCGAUCAAUUCUCACCAACUAUUUACCCAACCAGUCGUGCCAUUCCUAUACCAAUCGAUAAUAAACACAGUCCACAGCAUUUGUCAAGCGGCCAACAAACUCCACAACUGCCAACAUCACCAACACACGUGGCGCAUAGCGCCAGCCCGACCACCAGCGCAUAUCCAUACUCUCCUUUCUACGGCAGCUCGCCCGACUCGCAAAUCACUCUUGGUGGUGGUGGUGGCGGUGGUGGUGUUGCUGGCGGCGCACAAACGCCCAUUAGAAUGGCCUACAGUUACGAUCAUGCGUUAGGUGCGAACUUCAAACGCGUGCCCACAUUGACACACCAAAGCUCACAACAACAACAACAACAACAACAGCAGCAACAGACCGUUGGACGUAUGGUGCCGCGUGCCUUAUCCCUUGAUGCGACGAGCCGGAAUGCGGCGGCGUCAUCAGCGGCUGUGAUGUUCGCCACUUCGCCGACCACAUCACUGAACAGUGCAUCUGGAACAAGUGCAGUUGCGAUCGAUAAUAAGAUCGAGCAAGCUAUGGAUCUGGUCAAAUCCCAUCUUAUGAUAGCUGUUCGCGAGGAAGUUGAAGUACUCAAGGAGAAAAUUUCCGAGCUGAUGGACAAAAUCAAUCAACUUGAGGUUGAGAACACCAUAUUGAAAUCGAACAUGUCACAGGAGAUGUUGCAACAAUUGCAAAUGCAAACGCAGCUGCAGAUCGCCGGUAGCAACACCAAUAGCAAUGGCAGCAAUGCCGGCACACCAGCGAUCACGGCCGGCAAUGCCACAGUAUCGACCGCUAAUAUGAUUGCUGCAGCACCACAACAACAACAACAACAGGCUGGUACACCCACAACAGCUGCGGCCAAUGAGAGCAGCGACGCCAGCCCAGCGACCGAAACAACGGCCGCAGCAGCAGCCGCAGCGACCAAUAAUGGCGCGGAAAAUACGGCGGCCACAACAAACGGCCCAAUGUCGUCAUCCUAAACGCCGCAAUGUUGAAGCGUUAAUUGAAAAAGCUUAUAGUCGAAGCGAGGCGUAGCAUAUUAAAAGAAAACAAAAAUUUAUCGAGGCACCAGUCUGGGUAGUUGGAGUUACAUAAUUUUUAGAAUUGAUGGUGAUAUUGGUGUGUGUAUGUUGAGUGAGCGGCGCUUGCACUGCAAAUAGUGGCGUACAAAUUCAUUAGCUUUUGUUGUUGCGUAUGUGUUGGUUGUUGAGAGUCUUUGACAAGUAAAAUGUAGCAAUAAUUUAGUGGCAACACCAAAAAAAUUGUUUUAUUACGCCACAAAAGAUUCUCAUAGCCACAAACUAAUUAAAAACAAAAAGGGAAAUGGCAAUGUUUGCAAUUUUUGAGAAACAUGCACAAGCGUUGUAUCGGUUAAUAUAUUUUAUAUACAUAUUUAUUUUUCACAAACAAAUGCUUUCCUUUUUUAUGGAAUGUUGCAAGUUUUUCAAAACUGCAAACAUUGUGAUCUAUGCCACGGAAAUAAAAAUAUACGCUUGAUUUACUUUUUUACGCGUCCAGCGAGACGACCAUGUCAAGCAGGGUCGCUUCAAAACGUUGUGGCUAACAUUUGCAAACCAUCACAACACCAGCCAGCCGGCAAACACACAUCACGAAAAUACCACAAACUUAAAGAAAUAAGCAACAAAACUUCACGCAAAAAUAAAGCAAGAAACAAAACUCACUGAUAAACGUCGACAAACAAUUGGUUGCGCACCAAUG